AUGUCACUGCUCAAGACCGAUACAUAUCCACUCUUGAGAAGUCCAUUGCAGAACUAUCUAAAGCUUCGACAUCAUCCUCCACCUCUCCCUUUUCGAGCAUUUAGUGAGCAAGUUCAACUUCAAUUGGAUUCGUUACGAUUGGACAUUGUAAAUCUCUCAAAAUCCAAUUCCCAGAAAGACAAUAGCUCAGCAGCAAAGCUAUCUGGUUCAAACGAUAGGCCACCUGAACCAGAGGGCGAAAAGGUCAACAAAACCAGAUCAAGUCAGUCUCCUGUCAUACAUCAUAUUCCAGACUCACCAAAUGAGUCUGAGAAAAUGAUACAAGAGAAAUUAGAGUCACUCGACAAAAUGGCUGUUGAUGCACGAUUUAAGGCUCAACAGAACAGAGCAAAGAUGGAAGAGAAAGAAAAGGAACUCCUUCCUCAAACUAAUCCCAAGGAUAAGGGAAAACAAAAGAUUGUCUUCAAAUCUAAGAAGGAAUUAGCUAAAGAAGCUCAAAUGGAGAUAGAUGAAGAAUUAGCUAAGCAAAUGAAGGCUAAGGAAUUAAAGUCUAAACAAGAGAAGAUCAAGGUCAUCAAGCCCACAAAUUCCUUCACACCUCCUUCAGACCUCACUAAAGAAAACUGGGAUAUUCCUGCACCCCCGAAUGGUAUGAAGUUCAACUUAUUGCCAAGUGCAAUUUAUCCAGUUGAGCCUGAUGUAGACAUUGAAGAGGUGAAGAAAAGAUUUUUCCUGAGAAAACCAAUUCAAGUUGUCUAUGUAUGGUCAAAAUUCAAGAUUUUUUCAAUCAUCAAAAUUGACAUACGGAAAUUCAAAAAGAUGCCAUAUGCAUUCUUUCAAGGAAAAAGGACAGACAACUUUGAAAUCAUGUUUUCUGAAGCUAAUUUACCUAAAAUAAAUCAAGCUGAUAUCAGAUCACUGCUCAUUUGGUUGAAACAAAGGGUGAGUACAGAUAAAGCUUUUGCAGAUGUCCUACAACACCUAAGGCAAUAUGUGCUCGACAUGGUUAUUGAUUUCAGCGUUGACUGGGAGAUUGGACAGCUGGGAGAAAAGGAAGCUGAGGAACCAAUCUUGGAUCUAAAUAUGAAAAAUGAGUCACCUGGGAACAUUCUAAAGAAACCACAUAGAGGUGUUGUAUUCUCUUCUAAAGGUCGACUGAAAUUCAUGAGAAUUUCCCAAAAACAUCUAUUCUCGUCUAAAUUUAUUCAAGGUAUCAUCGGUUUAUUGAAGAGAAUAGGUGAUCAAGAUGAGUCCCUGAGAGUGAAGAUCAUUGAAGAACUUACUUGGUUUUUAACUUCUCGAUAG